AUGGACGAUUCAGACAAGACCAAUCAAUUCGUAAUCCACGAUGCAAUCAAACAAAACAAUACCAAUUUAGCCAAACAAUUGAUCGACCAAUUUCCCAAAGAACUCUAUUCAGUCGAUGAAGAUGAACGUACCCCAUUACAUUGGGCAUGUACAUUCAACAAUCUCGAAUUGGUAGAAUAUAUCCUUCUGAAGAAAGCACUGGAUGAUGUUGAAAUCGAUGAAUUGGUAGAUUCAAGUGGGUGGACUCCCUUACAUAUUGUUUCCUCAUUAGGGAAUAUUGAAAUAUUCAAUCGAUUAUUGGAAUUAAAACCAGAUUUAAAUGAAGUUACUAAUCAAGGAACAACUUGUUUACAUUUAGCUAUAAGUAAGAAUAAUUUCGCUAUUGUGGAGAAACUUAUUGAAAAUGGUGCAAAUUGUAAGAAGAAGGACAAGACUGGACAUACUCCAUUACAUCGAGCACUGAGUAUUGGAUCUAUUCCAACCGUUAAAUUAUUAUGCGAGAAGGGGAAUAUCAAUGUCAAUGCUAAGGAUAAUGAUGGUUGGACUGCAUUGCAUCAUGCCUUAGCUGAGGGUCAUGCCGAUGUAGCUGUUGAAUUAGUUGGGUUGGGUGCAGAUCCACAAUUGAAGAGUGAUACUGGUGAAUUGCCAAUUCAUGUUGCCGUUGAUGAUAAAGUGAAGCAAUAUUUUUUACUGCACAUAUGA